AUGAAGUGUGGACAUUUUCUGACUAUUACUCACACUACUACUACUACUACUACUACUACUACUACGACUACGACUACGACUACGACUACUACGACUACGACUACGACUACGACUACUACUACUACUACUACUACCAAUACUACUACUACUACUACUGCUACUACUACUACUACUACUACUACUACUACUACUACUACUACUACUACUACUACUACUACUACUACUACUACUACUACUACUACUACUACUACUACUACUACUACUACUACUACUACUACUACUACUACUACUACUACUACUACUACUACUACUACUACUACUACUACUACUACUACUACUACUACUACUACUACUACUACUACUACUACUACUACUACUACUACUACUACUACUACUACUACUACUACUACUACUACUACUACUACUACUACUACUACUACUACUACUACUACUACUACUACUACUACUACUACUACUACUACUACUACUACUACUACUACUACUACUACUACUACUACUACUACUACUACUACUACUACUACUACUACUACUACUACUACUACUACUACUACUACUACUACUACUACUACUACUACUACUACUACUACUACUACUACUACUACUACUACUACUACUACUACUACUACUACUACUACUACUACUACUACUACUACUACUACUACUACUACUACUACUACUACUACUACUACUACUACUACUACUACUACUACUACUACUACUACUACUACUACUACUACUACUACUACUACUACUACUACUACUACUACUACUACUACUACUACUACUACUACUACUACUACUACUACUACUACUACUACUACUACUACUACUACUACUACUACUACUACUACUACUACUACUACUACUACUACUACUACUACUACUACUACUACUACUACUACUACUACUACUACUACUACUACUACUACUACUACUACUACUACUACUACUACUACUACUACUACUACUACUACUACUACUACUACUACUACUACUACUACUACUACUACUACUACUACUACUACUACUACUACUACUACUACUACUACUACUACUACUACUACUACUACUACUACUACUACUACUACUACUACUACUACUACUACUACUACUACUACUACUACUACUACUACUACUACUACUACUACUACUACUACUACUACUACUACUACUACUACUACUACUACUACUACUACUACUACUACUACUACUACUACUACUACUACUACUACUACUACUACUACUACUACUACUACUACUACUACUACUACUACUACUACUACUACUACUACUACUACUACUACUACUACUACUACUACUACUACUACUACUACUACUACUACUACUACUACUACUACUACUACUACUACUACUACUACUACUACUACUACUACUACUACUACUACUACUACUACUACUACUACUACUACUACUACUACUACUACUACUACUACUACUACUACUACUACUACUACUACUACUACUACUACUACUACUACUACUACUACUACUACUACUACUACUACUACUACUACUACUACUACUACUACUACUACUACUACUACUACUACUACUACUACUACUACUACUACUACUACUACUACUACUACUACUACUACUACUACUACUACUACUACUACUACUACUACUACUACUACUACUACUACUACUACUACUACUACUACUACUACUACUACUACUACUACUACUACUACUACUACUACUACUACUACUACUACUACUACUACUACUACUACUACUACUACUACUACUACUACUACUACUACUACUACUACUACUACUACUACUACUACUACUACUACUACUACUACUACUACUACUACUACUACUACUACUACUACUACUACUACUACUACUACUACUACUACUACUACUACUACUACUACUACUACUACUACUACUACUACUACUACUACUACUACUACUACUACUACUACUACUACUACUACUACUACUACUACUACUACUACUACUACUACUACUACUACUACUACUACUACUACUACUACUACUACUACUACUACUACUACUACUACUACUACUACUACUACUACUACUACUACUACUACUACUACUACUACUACUACUACUACUACUACUACUACUACUACUACUACUACUACUACUACUACUACUACUACUACUACUACUACUACUACUACUACUACUACUACUACUACUACUACUACUACUACUACUACUACUACUACUACUACUACUACUACUACUACUACUACUACUACUACUACUACUACUACUACUACUACUACUACUACUACUACUACUACUACUACUACUACUACUACUACUACUACUACUACUACUACUACUACUACUACUACUACUACUACUACUACUACUACUACUACUACUACUACUACUACUACUACUACUACUACUACUACUACUACUACUACUACUACUACUACUACUACUACUACUACUACUACUACUACUACUACUACUACUACUACUACUACUACUACUACUACUACUACUACUACUACUACUACUACUACUACUACUACUACUACUACUACUACUACUACUACUACUACUACUACUACUACUACUACUACUACUACUACUACUACUACUACUACUACUACUACUACUACUACUACUACUACUACUACUACUACUACUACUACUACUACUACUACUACGACUACGACUACGACUACUACUGUCGAAAUAUUUUAUCUUUAUCGCUAUUAG